UCUCAAGCUGUACGGAAAAUGGUCAAAAAGAAGGAAAGGUCAGCUAAGGGGCCAAAGAAAGCCGACAAGGAAGGGCCUUCUACAUCAGGAUAUGCCGCCAAGAUCGCCACGUCUACCCAGGGAGAUGCAGAGACUGGGAUUUGGGGCGAUGCGCGCUUCCAACAUUUGCUGUCCGAUCCCCGCUUCAAGGGUGUGCCCAAGGUGCAACGCAAGGUGAAGAUCGACAAGCGCUUCCAGGGGAUGUUCACGGAUGAAAAAUUCAAGGUGAAGUAUACUGUGGACAAGUACGGCCGACCGGUCAACACAAGCAAUGCCGAAGAUCUACGCAAGUUCUACGAACUGGAUGAGAACGACAGCGAUGAUGGUGAAAAGGAGGCUGAGGCAGAGGCGGAGGUGGUGGCUAAGAAAGAGAUCGAAGAGGAGGAGCAGAAAGAACGCCGGGCAGAGGAGCUGGCCAUUGCUUGCGUGGACGUUAAAGAGGAUAAGUUCGAAAACGAUUCCUUGGACAGCGACGGCUCCGAAGUCCCGGAGAACCUGCGCGAGCGCCUGACCAACCCAAACGUUGAUUAUGCCCGAGGCGAAGGCCGCCUGAUGACGGACUCCUCGUCGGACGACGACACCGACGAUGACGAAGGUGCCGAGGGGCCCGAGCUGCAGAUCGACCAUGUCUGGGGCGAGCUGGACAAUGAUGCCGAGAGCACCGAGGUGUCUACCCGACGGCUGGCCAUCUGCAACAUGGACUGGGAUCGCAUACGCGCCGAGGAUCUGAUGGUGCUUCUGAGCUCCUUCCUACCGCUCGGUGGAAGCAUUCUCAGCGUUAAGAUCUACCCCUCAGAGUUCGGCAAGGCACGCCUGGCCGAAGAAGAGAUUCACGGCCCGGCGGAGCUGGUGAAGCGUGACGAGAGGGAGCAGGAGGAGGAGGACGACUCAGACGAGGAGCUGGUCAAGGAGCAGGACAGUGACGCCGAGGAGGGUGACGACUACCAUAUGGAGAAGCUGCGCCAGUAUCAGCUGAACCGACUCCGCUACUACUACGCUGUGGCCGAGUGCGACUCCGUUGCUACCGCCGACAAGGUGUACAAGGAGUGCGAUGGCAUUGAGUACGAGAGCUCCGCCACGCGCGUCGACCUCCGCUUCAUCCCCGAUGACACCUCCUUUGAGGAGGAUACGCCAAAAGACGAGUGCUUCGAGCUGCCGGAUGCCAGCAACUACAAGCCCCGCCAGUUCACCACGACGGCCCUGCAGCAGGCCAAGGUGGACCUCACCUGGGAUGAAACGGCGCUGGACAGACGCGAGCUGGGCGACAAGCUCUCCAGUGGCCAGGUGGACAAGCUUACCGACAAGGAGCUUCGCCAGAUUGUGGCUUACAGCAGCGAGGAAGACGAAGACGAGGAUGAGGAACAGCCCCAGGCGGAGGAGAAGAAAGAGCAGCAGCAGCCAGAGCAAAAGCAGCCUCAGCCUCCCAAGAAGCUUUCAAAGCAGGAGCGCAUUGCUAGCUACAAGAACCUACUGGCCGAUAUCCUGCAGAAAGAGAAGCAGGAAAAGGAGCACAAAUACGAGAUGGAAAUGUCCUGGAACAUUGAGCCGGCUGUCGAGCCAAAGGAAGAGCAGGAGAAGACGAGCACAGCCACAUCCGGCCAGCCAUCCGAGCUGACCCCCAUCGAGAAGGUUAUUCAAAAGCGUAGUGAAAAGAACAAGCUGCGCAAGGAGCUGCGGCGGAAGAAGCAGAGCGAGGCACGGGGUGGAGAUCUCGAGGACAGCGACGACUCCUCAGUGCCCGAUGGCAUCGACAUGAACGAUGCCUACUUUGCCGAGGAGUUUGCCAAUGGCGACUACGAGCCGCCCAAGACUAAAAAGCAGGCCAAAAAGAAAAACAAGAAGCAGGAUCAAGUCGAGGAUUCUGCGGCGGAGCAGCAGCACCAGCAGGAGCUGGCCUUGCUGCUAGACGACGGCGACGGCUUGGAGGAGAAGCAUCACUUUAGUCUAACAAAGAUCCUCAAGGAAGAGGAGCAGAACUCGGGCGGCUCCAAGCGCAAGCGUCGCAAGCAACUCAAAAAAGCCAAGCAGCAGCCGGAGACAGCCAAACCUGACGACGACUUCAGGGUGGACCUGAACGACACGCGCUUCAAGGCCGUCUACAAGUCGCACGAGUACAACAUUGAUCCUACGCACUCCCACUACAAGGCUACCAAGGGCAUGCAGCAGAUCAUUGGUGAAAAGCUCAAGCGUCGCGAGCGGCAGGUGGACGGAGGUGAGACAGGGGACUCACCCGACGAGUCGCUGGCUCCCAAGCGCAGCAAGCAGCAGCUGGAACAGUCUGCGCUGGUGAAGAGCCUCAAGCGGAAACUCCAGCAGCAGCCGAAGGUCUAGGGGAUUACUGUG